AUGGAUAUUCUCAAGGUGCUGUCUCGCGGGACCAAGCGCACGGCCAAGGCCGCUGGCGCUGCAUCGGCCAAGCUGCCGUCGUCGACCGGCGUCGCGGCCACCAACCCGCAGCUGUACCACGACGAGGUGCGCGGCCAGAAGCGCAAGCGAUCCAAGACGGAGAAGCAAGCAGCCGAAGCCUCUGAACUGGACCAGCUGCCCGAAGUCGACUUUUUUGCACCCAAACCCGAAUCAACGUCCACGAAGCCCCAGUCGCACGACUCCAAGAGCAAAGCCAGCGGGCGAGCCUCGAGCCCCGUAUCGAAGCCCGCGAAGCGUAUCAGCGAAGAAGAAUGCCGACAGACUCUAAGAUCACACCGUCUCAAAGUGACGCUCUUGUCAAAGCAGGAAGAGGAACCGAAGAAGGUCAAGAAGAGCAAGAAGAAGAAGGCUGCGGCGGAAGAAUCUAAAAAGGACGAGAAGAAGAAGGCGCAAUUGUUUCCACAGCCAUUAGAGACUUUCGGUCAGCUGCGCAGCACAUAUGGAAUCUCGCGGCGGGUCUCGGAGAAUCUGGUUGCGCAGAGCUACCGCGUGCCAACCGAGGUGCAGCUUGGCAGUCUCCCGCUGCUUCUGAAGCCCGACCAGGCGCUUGAGGACCACGAUGCCCAAGGUCUGGAGCAUGGCGUCAACUUCUUGGCAGUAGCGCCGACUGGAAGCGGCAAGACCAUCAGCUUCCUGAUCCCAGCCAUCAACCAGAUCAUGCGACGAAGAGGAAUGAACCCCAACGACCCGGACGCGACCACGACACAACAUGACCUCGAGGCUAUCAUUCUGGUUCCUACAAGAGAACUAGCCCAUCAGAUUGUCAACGAGGGGCUGAAACUCCUGCAAGGAACAAGCAUCAAGAUCAUGGCCAUGAAGAAGCAGAUGAACCUGGACACAGAGGUGCAGGAGUUGGCGGAGGAUAGUGAAAGCGACAAGGAGGAAGAGAGCGAAGAUGAGGACGGAGACGAGGACGAGAAAACCCCGAAGCGCAAAAACAAAGCUACGGCAGCCAAGCCUGAUAUCCUGGUCACCACGCCGCAGCUGUUAUUAAAUUUCCUUACAUCUGGAUCUGCGACGACUCAUCGCGUGCUGCCAGACGUGCGAGAUCUUAUCCUCGAUGAGGCCGAUGUCCUCUUGGAUGUGCUCUUCCGCGAGCAGACAAUGGCUGUUUGGUCCGCAUGCACCAACACAGAGUUGCGAGUAUCAUUCUGGUCGGCCACGAUGGGAUCCAACAUUGAAGCCAUUAUAACAGACAAGCUACAGUCCAGGGCCGAAGGAUUGAGCAUACACCCCAAACCAUUUGUUCGCUUGGUUGUCGGCUUGAAGGACACUGCCGUGCCCAACAUUGUUCAUAAACUCACAUAUACUGCCAGUGAGCAGGGUAAACUGCUUGCCCUCCGCCAGCUCCUCCAUCCUACGACGGCAGACGACUCGGGCCCUCCCUUGCGACCACCAUUUAUUGUCUUUACGCAAACCAUUGACCGAGCCUCGGCUCUCCACGAAGAACUCAAGUACGAUAUACCCCUGGAGGCCGGUGGCUCGACGAGAAUCGCAGCUCUGCACAGCGGUCUGCCCGAGUCCGCCCGCGCCUCCAUCAUGCGCAAGUUCCGCGCCGGCGAGAUCUGGGUGCUCAUCACGACCGACGUCCUCGCCCGCGGCGUCGACUUUGCCGGCGUCAACGGCGUGGUCAACUACGACGUGCCCGGCUCGAGCGCCGCCUACGUGCACCGCGCCGGGCGGACGGGCCGGGCGGGCCGCGAGGGCGGCAUCGCCGUCACGUUCUACACCAAGGAGGACAUUCCGUUUGUCAAGACGGUCGCCAACGUCAUCGCCGCGAGCGAGCGGCAGGCGGGCAAGACGGGCGACAACGCCAGCAUCCAAAAGUGGCUGCUCGACGCGCUGCCCAGGGUCAACAAGGCGGACCGCAAGAAGCUGCGCGAGCGCGGCGUCGAGUCGCGCCGCAGCGGCGCGAACAAGGCCGCGAUCACGUCGACGAGCGGCUACGAGCGGCGCAAGGAGAAUAAUCGACGCGGCGCGAUCGAGGGCAGCAAGAGGCGCAAGACGCAGCAGGACGACAGCGACGAUGAGGACGGCGCUGGUGGCGAGUGGGGAGGCAUCGAUGACUAG